CGGUUUCAUAAUUAAUGGCAUCACAUUGCCAACAAAUUAAGUGAAUUGUAAUAUGGCCCUUAAUAAUACAUCAUCUGAUUCUGAUGAUGAAAUUGGAAAAUCACGAGCAAUGAUAUUUCCACAUGAAAAGCCACUUCAUGAAAUUCUUGGUGGAGGAAAAGUGGCUGAUGUGUUAUUAUGGAGGGACAGAAAUGUAUCAGCUGCGUUUUUGCUUGGGAUAACAUUAAUUUGGUUCCUAUUUGAGGUUGUUGAGUACAAUAUUGUGACACUUCUUUGUCACAUUUCCAUCACCACAAUGCUUGUAAUAUACCUAUGGUCUACACUUGCAGAUAUCUUGAAAUGGAAUGGUCCGCAGUUCCUAGAAACUGUUUUACAAGAAUCUUUCUUCCAAGAGCUUGCUUUCAUUGUCCACAGAAGAUUGAACCAAUUACUAAGAAUGUUCCUUCACAUAUCGUGUGGAACAGACCUACCAAUAUUUCUUCUGAUCAAUGUUUGCCUCUAUAUAUUGUCAGUGAUUGGAACCUACUUCAACUUUAUCAAUUUGUUAUAUAUUGGUUUUCUUUGUCUACAAACACUGCCAAUUGUGUAUGAUCGAUAUGAAGAAGAAAUUAACAAUCUGGCUGGACAUGUCAUAGUAGAUCUGAGGAGAAAAUAUAGAAGGUUUAAGAAAAGUUAUCUCAACAAAAUUCCCCGAGGACCAGUGAAAGAAAAGAAAAUCACAUAGACAAUUAUUUUUAAAUUGAAUAACUUGUGUGAGUAGAGCAUCGAUCUAAUGUAAACUUUAUGGACAAAUAUGAUCCAUAUAGUAUUGUGAUAAAUAUAAAGUUUCUAUUGGAUAUUUUCACAUGCUAGCUAUACAUGGCAAUGGGGAUUGUACAAAAAUUUGGAUGAUGGAAUACGACUUUUUUUCUUUUGAAAAAA